AUGAAGGUGAAGGCAAAAGAGCGUGCCGCUCUGCUUUCACUUCCUCUUGCACGCUGGCUGCACAACAGCAGUCGUCUGCGUGCGUCCACCUUCUCCGCUCGUGCAUCUGGCGAGGACAUGAUCGAUGAGCUGGAGACUUUGGGGUGGUACCAUUCAGAACUGUCCCGUCACGCUGCUGAGGCUCUCCUGUUGUCCAACGGAGGUGAUGGAAGUUACCUGCUGAGGAACAGCAAUGAAGGUCCAGGACAUUUUGCCUUGUCCGUCAGGGCGAAGGACUCGGUGAAGCAUUACCAGGUGAGGCGCAGAGACCACACCUACGUCUUCGGCUUCACUACUUUUGCAACGCUUGAGAACUUCAUCCACCACUUUGCCAACCAGCCGCUGGUGGGAAGUGAAACUGGAACCCUGAUGGUGCUGAAGAGUCCGUACCCCUGCAGGGUGGAAGAGCCGUCCAUCUACGAGUCAGUGCUGGUGCACACCGCUCUGCAGACGGGCCGCACCGAACAGGACUUGGUAGCCAGCGCACCCUCGUUGGGCACAAAGGAAGGAUACCUGCUGAAACAAGGGGCCAUCGUGAAGAACUGGAAGCAAAGAUGGUUCACACUCAGCAGACAUGAGCUGAAAUACUUUAAAGACCAAACGUCCCAGGACCCCAUUCGGACCCUGGACCUGAAGGCGUGCUCUGCAGUCCAGUUUGAUUAUUCCCGGGAGAGAGUCAACUGUUUCUGUCUGGUGUUUCCUGAGAGGACAUUUUAUCUCUGCGCCAAGACGGGUGUGGAGGCGGACGAGUGGAUCAGGAUCCUCAGAUGGAAACUGGCACAAAAAGGUCAAUGACAGACCAGACUAAACCUGCCCAGCCAUGAAGAACGCUCCCAAUUCAAGCAUUUCCUGAUUGCUCCCGUGUAAAAAUGUUUUUUGAAAACAUAUUCCUCAGUUUUUGAUGUGAAAUUGAAUUGUUUCCAGUGAGUUCAAUGUCAGCAAACACUAAACAUUUCUACAGAAUAAUUACAAUGGAUAAAAACCUGAAUACUUAUUGCUAUUUUUUCAGCCCUGUUUGGUAUUGAACAUGAAUAAACAAUAAUGAAUUACUCACAACAAGCAGAUCACUUUUUGUACUGAAAUCUAACUUUUAUUUCCACUUCAUGCGUUGACAGGUGACAGGUGACAUAUAUAUGUAUACAGGAAGUAGACAUCUUGUCAAGGCUUCAAAGUUUAAGUGACUUCCACGACUUGCCUCAGCUCUUCUAUUAAAGGCGCUAACUCCUUCUCCAAGCUCAUGAUCAGGCCUGAGGGCGGAGCACAGCAUGAGUUCCUUAUUAGCCCACUGCAAAUCAAACUUUAUGGAUGUUUACCUGUGUUGGCAUUGCUGCUGGCAAUGAAACUGACCACCAGGGGUAACCGAUUGAACUGCAAAAUCUAGAAGAACCAGACAGAUGGCAGCUAAAUGCUUCAUUCAUCUUGUGUAAAAACAACAAAGUGAUGAUGUUGAAAUAACUGCAGUUUUCCUUGACAUUUUAGAGCUGGCAGGUGUUAUUUUGCCUGGUUAAUUACACCCGCACAGACCCAUUAAGACGAGGACUGGGUACCACGGACAAUUUGAUCAAAGGAGUCCAUUUCCAUUGAUGCAACUCCAUCUAAGUGCUGCAUUUUGACACGACUCAUAAGUCACUAAGAACAAUGUGUGGGUUCAAGGAGCACACCCUUGAAACGGUUCAGGUCGUAUCUGACAAAACAGAACGUUUAAAAUCCAAAUUGAUGAUUGUAUAUGAUCCCGUGUCCUGUGGUGUCCCGCAGGGUUCCAUCCUAGGACCAAUCCUGUUUUCAGUCUACACCCUGUACAUUUAAAAAAUAUAUACAAUAUCAUAUCAUCUUCAUGUUGAUGAUACGCAAAUAUAUGUCCCUUUAAAAAAGGAAAGUGUUUAAAAUCACUUUUAAAGUGUCUUGAGGACUUACUAAACUUAAAAGUAAACCCCUCUUCACAGAAUGCUCCCCCCAGUGACCUGGACCCCUGAUGCCUUAUUUAAACCCUCAGUCACACAUCUUGGUUUUAAGUUCCACAAUGAUUUUAAAUCGGAACAGCAGAUUAACUCAGUUUUUUAUCAUCUAAGACUUUUAGCAAAAAUGAAAUCAGUUUUAUCUUUUAACGACUUUGAGCAGGUAAUCCAUGCUUUCAUUUCCUCACGUUUGGACUACUGCAACUCCCUCUACGUUGGAAUGAAGCGGGCCUCAAUCGCUCUAUUGCCUUUUAACUGACACUAAAACAUGAACACAUUUUAGCUUCACUGCUCCC